GAUUCGUCGGCUGUUCGAACAGAAUGUGAAUAUGUGGCGACCUGUAAAUCAGAUUUAUUUCGUGUUAACGCUAUAUUUUACAAUUUAUCCAUCCCAGUCAGUUCUGGAAUGGUUGUUUGGAUCCGAUUCACAGCAGAAAGAAAAUGGUGACGUGAAACAGGGGUCAGGCGCCAGGUUUGAAGUCAUCUCGACAGACGAACAUUUUCUUGAAUUUGCCAAAACAUUGAAGGAUUUAUCUACAUUGGAUGCAUGUAAUCAGAUAGUUGUUUUCAACUUGAGGAAAAAAUGUGGUGAUCUGUCUGAAGAGGAGCUGGGUAAACUAGCCGUGCAGCUUCUCAACUGUCAGUCCGAGGCCGAGCACAGACCUGUCUUCCCCUGCACAAGCUCUAUGACUCUGGCGUCGUGUACAAAGCCCAUGGACACUACCACAUGGAACACCUACCAGAUCGUGAGUAACCGAGCACGUGCCAUGUGUUACGAGGCACAGCAGACGCAAUUCCAUCGUCUCACAGAGGCCACAGUCAACAACCUGAUGACCAGUGCCCACGGUCAGACCGAGGUCAUGAAAGAACUGAAGGAUGGGCAAGAGCAGCUUCAUCUGAUGACCACCGAGACGAUACGGAAGCUGUUUGAGAGCCAGCAGGAACUGCUGAUCACCCAUCAGAGUCUACAAUCAGCCCAGGAGGGUGUGUUCACACACAUCAAGGACAACAUCCAGGAGCUGACCAAGGAGAAGUCCCUCAUUGCCACAGGGAACAAGGAACUUGCCAGCAUGACACAGAAGAUUAAACAGGAGCUUGAUCUGACCCGAGAACAGCUGCAGGACCAGGAGUCUGCCCAGAGACAGAACCAUCAGACUAUCCUAGAGGAUCUCAAGAACAUCCACAGCAGAGCCAAGGAUGCCUUUGAUAAACUUGACUCCAGCACCAAGCACCUGCUGACGAGCCACAACAAAAUGACAGCCAACUAUGAGGAGAUGUUCUCCAAUCUGCAGAAGAUCAACACGACAGUGACCAGCUUGCUGGGAGCCGUGGCAGAGAUGCAGGAGAACAUGGAAAGGAAGAUAGGCUGGAUCUCCCAGCUGUUGGGGGGAGCAGAUGACAAACUGCAGCUGUUGACCAGCUGCGUGUUUCACAUUGCGUACUUCCUGCUGAUGGUAGUGGCUGCUGCAUUCCUCCAUCUCCCGCUCUUCUCUCGCUUCCUCCUCCUGAUUGUCAUCGUCUCCAAUGCUGCUGCAGAGAUCAGCUACAGCACCAGCCUAGACUUCGCCGGCAUGACAGCCUUCAUCUUCUCGACAUCUAUGGCCUACUGGGCCCUGACUUGGAUCCGCAGCAACCUGCAGUACAACAGCUCACCAGGGUCAUCGUCAUCAGCAAUCACAUUCUCUCCAUCUUCGUCUGGUCAGUCGGCACCAUUGUCCUCUGACGAGCUGAGGGAGCUGACCAGCACACUAGGCAGGCUGUACAAUACCAUGACUGACAGUCUGAACCAGAGCACCUCCCAGCCAUGUGCUGGGGACGCCAUCCCGGAUGUCCGGACCCCCCAAGAAGUCCCCAGGAACAAUGUCCAGCAGCCAGACAGUACUAUUGAGGAAGUGAACCAGGUGCGCAGGGUGUUGCUGAACCAGCUUGGAGGGGAGACACCAAACAGGUCCUCACCAGCCAGAUUCUCAUCAGGUUCCCGCACCCCAAUAUCGGGCACACCACAGUCAUCAAGGGCAUCCACUCCAUCUCUAGCGUCACGUUGUCUGGCCAUCACCAGGACAGGUGCCCCCUGCCGCAUGCAGUCAAUGACUGGACAAGAAUACUGCCAUCGACACUUCAGGACGUAGACUCACACUCUUCUUAUGUCUGUUUGAGCUGUUCGCCACAAAUAUAUAUAGAACAAGUUUUUACAAUUUUUAUUCUAUACGUACAGAAACAAAUAAAGGAACACUUGACAAUUCAAGCAUUCCUUUAAUAGUUUCUAGUUUUCAUCACAAGCUUUGAAUAGCACUGGGGGCG